UUCUUGUACGCACUAACAUGGCGGAUCCCGUGAAAGCAACUAAACCUGGUUGCACGGUGUGUGCGUGACGUCACGGCAGGGAGUUGUGUCGCGCGGUUAUGCGUUCUUGAGUAUCUCCUCCGCCAUUGAAAGAAAGUAUUUCGCGUACGGUUCGGCGGCUAUCUUGCUCUCUUUCACGGUGUAUGACGAGCGGCAUGCGAAGAAGCGCGUUGGAUAUAUGACGUAGGAGAGGGCGUACGUAAAGGAGGACCGUAUUCGAGAAGUCCCGUGGCCGUGGCUGGCGCGCGUGUGUCUUCAAUUUCGUGAAAGAAUUUAAUACAAAGCCAUCUCGACGGACCGCACAACACGUCCUCUCUUAUUUUUACGAAACCGGCUGUAACGACGGUGGUAGUUAAGUCCCCGGUGGCGGCAGGAGAGCGCGCGCGCGCGCGCGUCCGUGUGACUGCGCGUGAGAAGAAGAUAUAUUAUAUACGCGUUGAAUCUUCGUGCCGUGCCGUGCUGUGCCGUGCCGUGUCGUGUCGUGUGUGCUCCUGGUAUGCUCGCAAGCUCGCUACCGAUAAUCCUUUAGCAAAGCAAGCUUUGUAAUAUUACGCGUGGGAUAAAAAAAAAAAGAAAUAAAACGUACCGUCGUUUUCUCUCAGUCGAAGAGUAUUUUCUACUCGUUACAAAAAGAAAGAGAAAAAGAAAAGAAAAGAAAAAAAAAAAAAAGAAAAAAGCUUUUUAACGCGCGUUGCAUCUCGCCGCGCGUGUGUGUAUGCGAGAUGGCCGGUAAGUAAACGGCACACGCAGCUCUCUCUCCCUCGUAUUCUCUUGUCCGCGUUGCGUCUGCUCAUAUGUAUCUCUCUAAUUAGAGAGAGGUAGAGAUAGAGAUAGAGAUAGAGAUAGAGAUAGAGAUAGAGAGAGAGAGAGAGAUAGAAAGAUAGAGAGAGACAGGUUACUCACCACGAGUACUCUUAUGUAUAUAUAUAUAUGUGUAUGUGAAUAUAUAUACACACACACACACACGUCUCUAGUACGCGUGUCUCUAUCUAUACGCGUGCCUUACGGUGCAAGAAAAGAGAAAAUAAAAAAGUGAUAGAAAGAGAGGGAGAAAGAAAAAAGGAGUAGAGAGCCAUCGAGACAGCGUGAUUAUUCUUCUUCUGCGCCUCUCUUGGCUCUUCGAGUUUCUUCGUCGCGUUCCUUACGUACAUUUGUCGCGUUCCUCUUUGUGCAACCGUUUCACCGUGCCGCACCGUACCGCGGCAGGGUGAACCUUGACCUAGUUAUCUCGUGGGGUUCACGGGUAUAUAUCUGCAGCAGCGCUACGUGCAACCGGGGGCUUACCUUCCGCCAUUUAUCUCUUUCUCUUUUCUCUAUCUUCCUCGAUUUCUUCGCAUAUUCUCUCGAAUAAUAUUAUCUCGCACGCGCCCACCGCACGCCGCGCGCUCGCGAUUCUACGCUCUCCUCGUGCGUCGCGCGAGGCCAGAUGCGCUUGUCGCCGGUAGCGACCGCGACCGCGACGGCGACGGCGACGGCGACGGCGACAACGGUGGCGACGGCGAAGCCGGUAGCGGCCUAGAAGCAUGAUGGAUUACGCCGAAACUUCAAGCAAUGGUGACAUUCAGUGGUGUUUUUCGCAAGUGAAAGGGACUUUGGAAGACGACGUUACCGAAGCUGAUAUAAUAUCGUGUGUUGAAUUUAAUCACGAUGGUGACCUUCUUGCAACUGGGGAUAAGGGUGGACGAGUUGUUAUUUUUCAAAGGGAUCCUAUUAGUAAAAACAGUAUACCACGGAGAGGUGAAUAUAAUGUAUACAGCACUUUCCAAAGCCAUGAGCCUGAAUUUGAUUACCUGAAAUCAUUAGAAAUAGAGGAAAAAAUUAAUAAAAUUAGGUGGUUAAAAAGAAAAAAUCCUGCACAUUUUUUACUUUCCACGAAUGAUAAGACAAUAAAAUUGUGGAAAGUUAGUGAAAGGGAUAAAAGAGUGGAAGGAUAUAAUACGAAAGAAGAGAAUGGUGCGAUCCGGGACCCUGCCUGUAUAACUGCCUUGAGGGUGCCAACCAUAAAACCAAUGGAAUUAAUGGUAGAGGCAUCGCCAAGGAGAAUAUUUGCCAAUGCGCACACUUACCAUAUAAACAGUAUAAGUGUAAACAGUGAUCAAGAAACGUACCUCAGUGCAGAUGAUCUUAGAAUUAAUUUGUGGCAUCUUGAAAUUACUGAUCAGAGUUUUAAUAUAGUAGAUAUAAAGCCUACUAACAUGGAAGAAUUGACAGAAGUCAUAACAGCUGCAGAAUUUCAUCCUGUAGAGUGUAAUGUCUUGGUUUAUAGUAGUAGCAAAGGGACCAUCAGACUUUGCGAUAUGAGAUCUGCUGCUCUUUGUGAUCAUCAUAGUAAACUUUUUGAAGAACCAGAAGAUCCGACCAAUAAGAGUUUUUUCUCAGAGAUAAUCUCAAGUAUAAGUGAUGUUAAGCUCAGUAAUUCUGGUAGAUACAUGAUUAGUAGGGACUACCUCAGUGUUAAAGUGUGGGAUCUACAAAUGGAAACAAAACCCAUUGAAUGCUAUCCUGUACAUGAAUAUUUAAGAUCAAAAUUAUGUUCACUUUAUGAAAAUGAUUGCAUCUUCGACAAAUUUGAAUGCUGUUGGAGUGGUAAUGAUUGUGCCAUUAUGACAGGCUCAUAUAAUAAUUUCUUUAGAGUAUUUGAUCGUAAUACCAAACGUGAUUUAACUUUGGAAGCAGCACGUGACAUUGCCAAACCAAAAACUCUUCUGAAGCCUCGUAAGGUGUGCACUGGUGGUAAACGUAAAAAGGAUGAGAUUAGUGUCGAUUGUCUAGAUUUCAACAAAAAAAUAUUACAUACUGCGUGGCAUCCAUCUGAAAAUGUUGUAGCAGUUGCAGCCACAAAUAAUCUUUUCUUAUUCCAAGACAAACUCUAGCACAUCUGCAUGCAAAUAAUACAACGGUAUAUAUUGACGUGAGCGAGGCACGUUGAAUUAAAUAGGCACGGUGAAAUAAUAGGUGUCUGAAUUACACUGACGAAAGUCGACUAUUUGCAUGUCAAUGGUCGACUGACAGAAAAGUGGUGUACAUAGCGCCGUCCACACAGCUCACACGUUCAUAUAAGUUAUAUAUACACCUACAUGCAGAGAUUUGCACCUGAUACCUUGCCACGCGCAUACAUGUACAUAAAUGCAUGUAAGUUAAGACACAUGCAUAAAAGCUCCCAAAACUCUUAAGUUGACUAGUUCAAAUAAGUUUGCACAUGGAGUCACUCUCAAUUGAUAAAGUGAAUCGUCCAAUCAAUUAUUUGACAAUUGUAAUGACGAUUACUACAAAGUUUUCUUACACCAAACGUGCAGCUGAAUUUUUAGCUUACUUGUGCUAUUACAGUAAUUGCGCUACUACACUAUGCAGAGACGGUCAGUGAAAAUAUCUAAUUCGCUCAUAUAUUAUAUAAAAAGUGUUUUAACGUAACGUCUUACGAUCAGUUAUAAAAAUAAUACUAUCAAUGAAAGACAGUGGAUAUAUAACCGGUGUUUCGGCAGGAGCUGAUUAUAUAGCACAGGCAAUUUGGCUUUAUUUAUCCACUUGAUUAUCAAAUUGGGUUUUAAAAAAAAAGAAAAAAAAAAUGAAUCACUAUCACGUGUGCCAAUGAGAUUUAAUCGUUUACUUUCAUAUUCAUGAAUAUUUUAUGAAGAUCAUUAUAUAAUUAAUAAUAGUAAUAAUUAUAAAACAUGAUAGCUCAGUAUAUAAGAUCAUGUUUCUUUACUUUUCAUCUUUCUCGCUUUUUUUUUCUUUUCUUUUUUCUUUUCUUUUCUUUUCUUUUCUUUUUUUCAUAGAAAAAUUUGCUACUAAAUCUUCGUACUAAAUUGUUUUGAAUAUUUAUUAGUAAACUCUGCUUAGUGUGCAUCUAGCUGAAUGAAUAACAUCAGUUACCAAUACCGGAACAAACAAAUCUUAUAUAUAGGCCUACACACAUUUUCCUAUUUUUAUUUUCAUAAUAAAGCUAUUGUUACGUAUAUUUCCUAUAUUGCAUUAGCUAAUAAUAGGAUCAAGGAAUAUAUGGCACAAAUUUCUGCUUCAAAGGAUUCGGAUAAAAAAUAAAAUCUUAAAACGUAAAAACUGUUAUAAAUGAUAAGAAAAGUAAGAAGCAAUGUUAUGGUACAGCAAUAACAAAAAAGAAAAAAACAUUCAUUUAUAUGGAAUUAUUUGUGUAAAAGAUAAAAUAGGAACUGAGGCAUAAUUACGAAAAGAAUAUGGAUUUUCUAAUAUUACUCUUAUUAAUUAUUUAUUGAAACGUAUAUGCAUAUAAACAGUGAAUACAUUGCAGUUGUCGAUGGUAAGCUGGACUUGCAGACUCUACAUGAAGUAUGUAAUAAUAACUUAACUAAUAACUUACACGAGUAACAUAAAUUUCGAAUAAGUACCUAUCAAGGGUUUAACUCAGUUUGAGUAUGGCUAAAGAGCUAAGCUCUUCGUAUCUAUGUUGUAUUUAGUAUUUAUACUAUCCUUUAAAUAUUGUGUAGUAGAACUAUAAAACCUAAAAGAGACAGAAUAUAAUAAGUUUUAUCUUAGGCAGAAGAUUCAAUUGAUGAUUGCACUAAUUUUGAAAUACAAAGCAGGCUUCUUUUAAACAACACCUUCAUAUAUAUUUUUUUAUAUAGUUAGUAUAUCUCAGCAUAUACUUAUGCAGUCUGGAUUUUGCUACGCAUAUACAUUGGGGUGCUCCAAAUGUUCUUAAGGCUGUCAAUUUUAUUUAGUUUUAUUUUUCAUUUUAUAGCGUCUUUCGUAAAAGAUAAUUUAAAAAAUCAACAUCAUUUUGUUCAAUUUUCCUUACAUUUAUAAUAAUCUUCUCAUCUUUUUAAUCUAUUUUGUUUUGUUAAUGUCUAUUACUUUACCGUCAAUUUUCUUAUCUGUUUUUGCUUAAAUAAUGGUUCAUAAGUGCCUUGAAGCGCAUUAAGAGUGCUCGAUUAUUAAAACAGGAAUUCUAAAGUAUUAAAUUCUUACAGGUGUUUUUAAUACGGAUUAUAAUAUAAACAAUUUCAUAACACAUGCUACUUCAGGAUACAAAGAUUUUGGUAAUGGAACAGAGAGAAUAAAAAGCACUCAAAAAUGUAUAAAGCACCAGACUAAUGUAUAUUCACGAUUAAUGAUUUUCCAUAUCAAAAAAAAAACAAAAAAAAACAAAAAACAAAAAAACAAAAAAAAAGAAAAAGAAGAAAGAAAAAAACACAUUAGGAACUACCUUUUCUUAGGAAAUUAUUUCCUUCGAUAAAGAAUAAAUAUUUUCCACUUCAACAAAUGAUUCUUUAACGUUACAUGUGAAAAAAAGCAAAAGAAAGCAACACGAGAGAAAGGGAGAAAAAAGAGAACUGUUACAUAUUCUAUUAAUUAUAAAUAAUAAUAAUAGAUUGACAUUAAUUAAUUUAAAAUCGCACACAUUAAAAGUCUUUUAACUAGAAUAUUUUUUCAAAAUUAAUGAUUUGAAAUGAUGCAAUUAAGUUUGUUUAUUAAUUAGGAUAAACAUUUUGUUUUCAACUCAUGGAAUAAUUAACGCAUUAUUAUGCUUCCUGUAAUGCAGUUUAAAAUUAACAGGCUGCAAACCUUUCUCCAUAGUCUUUAUUAUUAAAAAAAAUUUGGAAACUAAGCUUUAUAGGAAAAAGACAAAAAAUAUUUCAAUAAUAAAAGAUCAUCUCUCUCUUUUUCAAAAAUUGAGAAUUAGUAUAAAGGAAAUGAUACACAAAUAUAUCACUUUGCAACUUGAUAUAUAUCAGCAUAAUAAAAUAGUUAAAAAAAAAAAUAAAAAAUAAAUAAAAAAAAAAAGCUUGAGCAGUUUUAAUAAUAUUGACUGCACUGCAUGAAUCAUGAUAAUUGCAAUAUCGUAUAAAAGAUGUGCAUAGAAUCUUUGCGAACUUUGAGACUUUGCUCAACGUAUAAAAAAUUUGUAUUAUUUAUACAUCACGUCAGUUUAUAUAUCGAAAAUCUAUGAAAUCUAUGUUUGUAUAAUGUGUAAUUGAAAAAUUAUCUUAUGUAAAAGCAGACCUACUACGUUUAGGAAAGUCGUUCCUUGAUGUUAAAUAUCCAUGAAGAGAGACAAGAAAAGAUCAAAAAAUGAGAAUGUAUAAGAAAGAAAUAAUGAAAAAAAAAAAAAACAAAAAAACAAAAAAAAAUAAAAAAAGGUAAAGGUAUUGUGAAAGAUCGAUGAUCCAUAUACAUACCUUUAUACCUUGUCUAAGGUACAUAUAUUAUAUAAAUACGUAUAUAUAUAUAUUAAGAAAAUUCAUAUUUCGUCUUUAUGUUACAGUCAUCAAAAUCGUAACAUUACUUUUUAGUACGUAACAACAACAUCAUUAUUAUUAUCGUUAUCAUUGUCAUCAUCAUCAUUAUCAUCAUCAUCCCCAACUCAUCCUAUUAAUCCAUAGUAGUAAUAUUACUAUUAUCUUUUCGUUAUUUGUUUCCGUCUUUGUUUUUUGUUAACUGCUAUGCAGGUUUAGUCAUGGUAAUAACGAUGAUCUGAUAUCUUGCUUCAUUAGAUUAUAAAUGAUUUAACUAUGUGAUUGAUUGGUUGUUAGGAUUAAAAAAAAUGAAUCGAAUAAUGCGAUGAUGAGAGAGAGAGAGAGAGAGAGAGAGAGGGAGAGAGAGAGAGAGAGAGGGAAGGUGUUAGGGAGAUAGGGAGAGGAAGAAAGAUAAUGCAAAAGAUCAAUCUUAGGACAUACAUACAUAAUCCGUGAAAAUGCAAUGGAAAAAAAAAGGAGUCGAUUAAUGGACGGAGAGAAAAUUAAAAUUAUUUUCGUCUUUAUUGAAAUAGUUCAGCGAAUGAUUCUAAAAUCGGCGAGGUGGUUGGUUAAAGAGUUAAUAAGGAAAACAAAAGAAAGGAAGAAAAAAAAGUUUAUAUUAUAAAAGCAAUACGAUAAUAACUUAUCUUCUCGAAAGCUAUCACUCCACCUCCUACUUCAACCUCCACUCUCACUCCUAUUCACGGGUAGGAGAAGACACGCCGUAACAAUUCUUUCUAAUUCUGUUAGAUUGCUCGAAAUGCCUUACGACUGUCGCUAUAUCCGUACACAUCCGGACUAUAAAUCUAAUUCAAAUGAAAAAGAAGAAGAAAAAAAAAGAAAAGAAAAAAAAAAAGAAGAAAAAAGAAACACUGAAUAUUAAAACGAGAUUUAGAACUUUGGCUCUCGCAGGACCUGUCUCGUGUGAUAAUAAUAAAUGUCAUUGUAUCAAUUAGCUAAAGCUCUAUUUUUAUUAACGAGACCACGUACGUAUAAUCCAGAAGUUAGGAUUUUUAUAGCUCGCAACUUAAGUGUAGUGUCUUUACUCUUGUAUUUGUGCGCGCGCGCGCGCGCGCAUGUAUGCGGAACGACAUGAUAUAGAAAGAAGAAAAACACAUACUACACGCGUAUACACGAAAUAUCCAUUUUUGUGUGCGUAUUAUAUAUUAUUAUUCCGCUGAAAUGAUCUGGAUAAUUUUAUCAUCGCAUUUAAGAGAUCGUUGCGAUAUUAUUAUAUUCUUGAGGCAAAGAAAGGAAAAAAAAAAAAGAAAAACGAACGAUAGAACAUAGUGACUGUGCGUACGGCGAACGAUACCUAAAAAGACACAUACAUACAUACAUACAUCCUCUUCGCAUUUGCACCGAACGAUUUAAGUCCUAAGCUAUCAUAAUACAUAUAUAAUGAGAAAGAAACAAUAUAAGAAUUUUUGUACAAGGUUUUGCGCUAUUAUUGCGUUCUCUCUGUGCUUUCUGCGCUCUUGAUUAUUUCAUGUAUAAUUUUCGUUUAUAAGAUUGAAGGAUAUUAUGAUUGUAAUGAUUUUUUUUUUUCUUUUUUUUUUUCUUUUUUUUUUUACAAAAUGGUCACUCUCUUUGGUUCGUUUAUAUAUCAUAUUUUAUUUUAAUUUUUUAAUUUUUUUUCCAAAUUCCUAAUCGUAUGAUAUAUGAUGAACGAUGCGAAAGAGAGAGAGAGAGAGAGAGAGAGAGAGAAAAGAGAUAGAGAAAUUAGGGCGAAAGAGAAGAGAGAAGGGAAGAAAACUAUUUUAGUUUAACUUAGCAGCGAAUUGUGCCUCGAGUGACUUAUUAGUUGACUUUUCUGCGAUCACGAAUAUUUUUCUGAGCAUCCCGAUCUCUUGUAACAUUCCUCGGUUCUUGUAGAUAACGUAUAUAUUAAAAUGCAGACAGGAAGACUUUACAAGACUGCUAAGAGAGAGAGAAAGAGAGAGACCCGACGAAACGGAGUUAUUAGACAGGUGAUCGGUGUUAGGUUGUCAGGUAGAACGAGACGCUAAACAAGAGAAUCGCAAUUAUAUGCUCUCGUAAAGCAUUAUGAGUAAACGAACUAUUACUCUCUGCUGAUAAUAUAAAUAAAUAAAUAAAUGAAUAAAGAAAUAAAGAAAAAAAGAAGAAGAAAAAAAAUAACAAAAACAAAAAAAGACACUUGUAUUAUAAACAUAGCAAAUAAUGUUAUUAAUAGAAAAUGUACGAGGAGGCGCGUUACAUCUUGGAUCGAUAUUUCAUUGUUGAAAAGUUAAAACAACAAUGAUGGAAUAUGAUUAUUGUGUAUGUGCUGAACGAUGAAAAAAUGACCGCAAUAGAUAGAAAGAUUUCAAUGAGUGGUGGUAUGAACUAUUAUUAACUGUAUAUGAUGAACGUUUGCGUAAUCGCAUGUCUGUGAAAAAUAACGAAAGAGCGUUUUGAAAUCGAGAAUAAUUUAUUUAUUCAGUUUACGUCGAACACCCCUCUCGAUCGUUUAAUUUUACAAUCGAGUAUCACGCGAGUAUCCUAUUAGAAUUCUUCUUUAAAAGUGACGACGGAUAUGGAUCGAACUAUUUUUUCUGAAUAUAUAUAUUAAAUUAAAUAUGCAUAUGAUUUAAUUAAGAAUUAAUAUUUAAAUAUCGAGUUAACCACUUUAAGAAGGUGGUAUCGUGAAAAAUGAUGAAAUUUAUUCCAAAUUAAUAAACAAAUUCACGUUUUCGUUAACUUAAGUUUGUUUCACGAUUUAAUUUUUUUUUAUUCUUUAUUUUUUUUUUAAAUCAAUAAGUUCAAUCCAUUUUACCAUCUGAAACUUUUAGAAAGAACAUAUACGGAAUAAUUAAUAACGCGAUCGUUGCCAUGUUCAUAGGAUCGAUCGAUCGAUCCUUUGAAAAAAAAAAAAAAAAAAAAAAAAAAAAAAAAAAUACAAGAUAUCGUAUGAACAAUCGAUACGAGAGAUUAUGCCGCGUAUAUUCUUAAGACGCAACACCAAGAACAUUUUAAAAAUCGUGAGAACGACGUCUUUACCACGUAAUAAAUUUUCAAUUAUUGCGGGUGACGAAAGUGGACGUAUGCUUCCAAAUAUAAUUAUUAUUUUAUAAUAACUCUAUGAUAUCCAGCGCUCCCUCCUUUCCUACUACUACCCCAUUCCCCCCACCAUACUUCUCCUUUCCUUACUAUGGCCGCGCUGCUUUAUAUUCUUUCACAGCCAUCGUACUUAUUAUCGUCACAAUACGUUAUAAUAUAGCGCGCGAACAAUAAAAGUACGUAUUAAAAACUAUUCGAUGAAACUGUGAAUUUGAAUAAUAAAAUUAUCAAUAAUAAGAAGUAACACAAUUCGUCGUUUGUAUUAAUAAGGUCCGUUGAAUUUUUCAAUGAUUUAAGUUAUUAAAAAAGAAAAAAAAAAAAAAAAAGAAAAAUUAACACGCAACAAUACAUUAGAGUGGAAGUAUUUCGAGAUAAAAUUUAUAUGCGAUGGAUUACGUCAUUCCACCUUUUUUUUAAUUUCUUUUUAUUCGUAUUUUCAUCGUACAUUAUUUUAUCUAUUUUUGGAGAAACAUACUGUAGCGGAUUAGAUUGGGUGAGUUAAACUAAAUGUUCACGAUAAUGAAAACUCGUUCCAACAAAAUAAUUUUAUAUUGAAUAUCGCAAAUUUAAUACGUGUUUUUUUUCGAUGAUUUUUAGAAUAUAAUUAUGAUUAACUGA